AUGGACUACAGUGCCUCAAUCAGCGAGACCGACGACCCAGCUGCAUCGCCCUGGGGCAACAGCCCAAGCCAAGCGUCACAUCAAAAGACCGCUGGGUUCGCGGCCAUAGUUGGUGAGCCCUCGACCUCACCGUUUCCCUACGACCCGCAAGCUGCUGCCGCCAGUCAGCAUCAUGACGCAUUCGAAAGGCCCGGCACCGCGACAACAGAGUCCGGGACAGAGGGGGACGAUAUUGAGCAAUCACAACCCAUUGGCCCCCCCGGGCCGGAAUCCGCAAAUGAGCCCCAGCAGAGACAUUCCCAACGGUCUCAUCGGCCUCCUCACUCACAAGCUGUUGGCUCGACCAGGCAUGCAGAGCAGGCACGGCAACAGCCUCCACCUCAACCACGGUCGCAGUUCAAGCUGCAGGCCAAAAUCACGGGACUGGAAAGGACUGGGAAAAAGGACCCGGUACUUCGCUUCGAUGUUCAUACGAAUCUUCCCUCUUUUCGAACUACUCAAUACCGAGAUGUCAGACGCCUGCAUUCCGAGUUUGUCAAACUCGGCGAACAUCUCAUCUCGGCAAAUCCGGAAGCUUUCGUACCUGCUGUCCCUCCUCCCGUGACGGCUGCGGGUGCAGGCACUGAAGAGGACGACGAUCGAGUCAAAGCCAUGUUGCAGCGGUGGUUCAACUACGUGUGUGGCAAUGAAACUUUGAUGCGAGAUGACGAAAUGGUUCUGUUCGUUGAGAGCGAUUUCGGCUACAGCCCGCUUGUAAAGAUGAAGCAGCCCGCAACUGGUGUGCGGAGGAAAAUUCUGAAGCAAUUUGCGCCGCCCCCGGACGACACGCCCGAGUUAGCCGAAGCUCGGCCGACCGUCAAGCUGUUCUAUCUUGGUACCAUGGAUGCUGGCCACAAGGUGGAUAAGAUGGUAAAAGCACGAAGAGGCCUUGGACUGUCCGAGUCCGACUAUGGCGUCAAACUGAGCAGUAUGCAUGUCCAGGAGCCUCACCCAGGAUUAGCAAACGCAUACAAGAAGCUCGGCAGAGUGAUCCAGACGAUGGGUGACUAUCACGCUGCCCAAGCCACUGCCCAAGCUGCCACCAUUGGUGACCCUUUCCAAUAUCACUCUCAGGACUCCUUUAUUGUGAAGGAGUCCCUGACGAACCGUCAAAUCCUCGUCCGGGAAUUUCUACAAUCGCAAGAGGUGACGCGUAGCAAGCUCAACGCCGCCGAUCGCCUAAAAGCUAGUUCCAGCGUUCGACGUGAAAAGGUGGACGAGGCCAUCACCGCACUAGACGACGCCCGCCAGUUUGAAGCAAAUCUAUACAACAAGACGCACCGUGUGACCCAGAGCCUUGUUCAAGAGCGCCGCAAGUGGUUCGCCAGGACGGCCGCCGAUUUGCGCGCCAGCAUCCGCGAGUACGUCUUGCGUGAGAUUGAAGCCGAGCGUCGAACCCUGGCUUUGUUGGAAACCGUCCGGCCGGAUAUUCGGUCCAUCGACGCCUCGGGUGGUCUGAGCCGACUCGGUCGCGAGGCGCAUCCCGCUGUGCGGAGGACUAGCCUCGCCUCAAGCCAAGGCCCCAAGGGUGAUGCUUGGAGCGGUGUACCGCGUCGGUCAGACGCCACCCGCAGCGCGUCGGGCAGCUUCAUGGGCAAGGUCUCUGAAGAGGCGGAUGGUGGCAAUGAGGAAGCACGGGAAACCGCUGCUGUAGGAAGAUCAGGACUAGUUGGGUUGAAUGAGGAGGAUGACGAGGAUCGGAUCGAUGCAAGAAAUGCAGCUAGCAGGCUGGCCACGAGCACGUUUUAG